AUGGACGAAAGAAACGAGACAACGCAGCUUGCAGUUCCUCACAACACUCAACAUCCCAGAGACGGAAUCCCGACGUCGCCCUCGCCGGCCUAUUCCCAUGGAAGCACCCUCGUCGAGGAGGUCCAGACCAGCUCGGGCUCGGAGGAGAACGGUACAGACAGCGAGAAUAAGGAGGAAUCGAACGAAGAGUCAGGCACAGACACAGAGACAGAAGAUGGAGAAGACGAGUAUCCCUCGUCGUGGAAGCUGGUGUUGGUGACAAUUGCCUUGUGUUUGUGUGUGUUUUGCGUUGCGCUGGACAAUACGAUCAUUGCCACAGCAAUCCCCAAGAUCACAGAUCAAUUCGACUCUCUCGACGACGUGGGCUGGUACGGCUCCAGCUACCUGUUGACGACGUGCGCCAUGACCUUGAUCUUCGGCAAGAUCUACACCUACUACUCCAUCAAAUGGGUCUACCUGGGCGCUCUGUUCAUCUUCGAGAUCGGCUCGCUCGUCUGCGGUAUCACUCCUUCGUCGCUGGGCCUGAUCCUGGGGCGUGCUGUCGCCGGGCUGGGCGCCUCCGGUCUCUUCUCGGGUUCGAUUCUCAUCGUCGCCAAAAGCGUGCCGUUGGUGAAACGCCCGCUCUAUACCGGUUUCGUGGGGGGAAUGUAUGGCAUCGCCAGUGUUGCUGGACCUCUCAUGGGAGGCGCUUUCACAGACCAUGUCACCUGGCGGUGGUGUUUCUAUAUCAACCUGCCGUUUGGCGCUGUCACCGCUCUCUUCAUCUUAUUCUUCUUCCCCUCGCCCAAGACCUUCAAGAAGCAGCAGAGCUUCAGACAACAGCUGGGAGAAUUCGAUCUGAUCGGCAACUUCUUCUUCCUGCCGGCAAUCAUCUGCCUGCUGCUUGCCCUGCAGUGGGGGGGCGUCAAGUACGCCUGGGGCAACGCGCGCAUCAUUGCAUUACUGGUGCUGGCGGGUGUCCUGAUCAUCAUCUUCAUCGGAGUGCAAUUCAGACAGCAAGAAAAGGCCACCAUCCCUCCUCGUCUGCUCCGAAACCGUAACGUCUGGGGGGCUGCCUGGUACAAUCUCUGCCUGGGAGCAUGUUUUUUUGUCUUUGUCUAUUACCUCCCCAUCUGGUUCCAGGCCAUCAAGGACGCAUCGGCGAUGUCGUCUGGGAUCAUGAACUUGCCCACCAUCCUAGGCGUUGUGAUCUGCUCGAUUGUUUCCGGCGGACUGGUGACCGUGCUAGGCUACUACACCCCCUUUAUGAUCGCUUCGUCGGUGAUUCUGACCAUCGGCGCGGGACUGCUGACCACCCUCGAGACCGACUCCGGCGCCGACAAAUGGAUCGGGUACCAGAUCCUGUUUGGCGUCGGGCUCGGGCUAGGCAUGCAGCAGACGUUGAUUGUGGUGCAGGCGUCGCUGCCGGCGGGGGACAUCCCCACGGCGACGGCGAUGAUGAUGUUCGCCCAGACGCUGGGCGGCUCCGUCUUCGUUUCCGUCGGCGAGAACGUCUUCCAGAACCAGCUGCUGAAAAACAUCCACGCCGACGCCCCCUCGGUCAAUACCGCAGCCAUCAUUGCCGCGGGGGCAACUGACUUGCGCCAGACCGUCGCUGCCAGCGUGCUCCCCGCCGUGCUGGACGCGUACAACAGUGCCGUCACCGAGACCUUUUACGUCGGAGUCGCCAUGGGGGCCUUGUCGCUUGUUGGUCCUAUCUUUCUGGAAUGGAGAUCCGUCAGGGGGACGAAGCUGGAGGUGGCCGCCGCAUAG